GAUCAAUGUUUACACCUCUGCCAGGCAUUGCGCACGUGACCUGUAUGGCAGAUUUAUAGGGAAUCAUUUCCAUGAUCAGCCGUUUCAAAAACAAAACACGAUUUGAUGGAUUCCAGCUGUAAAGGCAGUAGAGACCAUUAUGUUGAUCCUGUUCUUCAUUAUGAGGAAGCACAGUACACAGUAAGCUAUGCUCGUAGGAGAAACUCAGAGGAGGUAGAUUAUGAUAAACACGAGGACUUCAACAAAAAAAGGCAUUCAGUUAACAAGCCUGGUAACGGUGCAGGCAGAGUGAAGCGGGUGUUGUCGUGCAAGAAGAAGAAAACCCAUCAGCUGACCGUAGCUCGAAGGAAACAGCACCUACCCGGGAGGAGUUUUGAUUCGACACACAAGGAAAAUGAAACAAAACGCAUGCAAGACAAACAACAGGAAACAUUCUUUAACAAUCCGUCAGAGUUCCCACUAAAUCUAACAAAGGAUCACAAUAUGGUGGUUGAUGUUUUGUUUGGAAGAAAUCUUAGACUGAAGGUGGCUUUAACACUGUGGAAGAGGAAUGUUGGAGAGUUGUUGGCAUAUUUUCAGAAAAUCCAGGACACUGGUGUAAUUGUUGAUUUUUUACCAAUUAUCUGCAAGUGCAUUGACGAGGGCUCGCCAAGGAUUAACAUCGGCUGUUGUGUUGACCUAUUUCCUUUAGUUAGGAAAGUCCUUUGUACUCCUUAUGAAGAGUAUCUGAAAGUCGGUUUUGAAUGGAUAUAUUCAGUUUUAAAGCACUGGUGGGGAGAACUGCAGAGAAGUGGCUACAGUGGAUCAUCUAAACCCCAGCUGGAUGAAAAUUUCCAGGUCUUUAACAGGCAACUUCGGGAAAUUUGGCAUCAGGAACCUCUUUUAAAAUCUGUCACAGGUCAGACAGGAGAUAUAGCCAAGGUUGUGGACUCUUUUAUUUUUCAACUUCGCUGACAACAUUGAGCAUCAAAAUACCCUGUGCUAUCAUAAAAAGCAUGAAUAUAAACCCCAAUAGUUGUUAUCCUCUGAAAUUAAAGCCUUAUUUUACCGCACUAUAGAAUCUGCUGUUUCCCUGAGUUUGCAGAACAAUGGUGUAGAGCUAUGAAUGUGCAAUAGUUAUCUAAAAAGCAGAUAUCUUUAUUAGAUUGUUUCUUCUUUAUUGCCAUAAUGAAAAAAUAAUAAACUAGAGUUUGUAAUUCAGAUUUUUGCUUUUAUUUUUACUCCAGUUUGUUAACCUAUUGCUGCCUUUUUGUAUGGAGCUGUAGCUUAACAGAUGUCAAAAAAAAUCCAUGUUCUUAUUGAGUGGCUACAGCAAUCAUUCUAAAAUAUGAAGGCAAAUAACUGUACUAAAUAAAUAAAAAAUGUUAAGUUAUAUUGCACCUUGCUUUUUCCUAAUGCACAAGUAUAACUUUGGCUUGUUUCUUGCUUGAAAGCAAAGAAUAAGAUUAAAUAAGAAAGCCAGUGUGGGAAUGUUUGCUCUGAAUUUGUCUUAUAUGUGUUUCUGCAUUACCUUUCACCAGCCCUAAAGACUAUUUAGCUAAACUGACAGGUUUUAGUAAAUGUUUACUAAUAUGCAUCAUGUUUGUUAAUUUUUAAACAAACAAAAAGUAAUUGACAAAAUAGAAAAGAUAUUAAACGUGCCAGAACUACUUUUGAUUUUGAUUGGCGGCAUAAUGUUUAGGGCAUAGAGCUAAGAAUCCUGAGGUUGUGGGUUCAAAACCCACUCCCACAGACUGCCUCUCUGGGUCUGAGCAAGACCCUUAACCCCUGAUUGCUCCUCAGGUGCCUUACGACUUUUUGUUUUAUUAUUUACAUAGAAUAUGACAACUUUUUAAAUUUGUUUUAUUAUAAUUUGCUGUUUACUUGAGAUAAGUAUUUAUGACA